CUAGCGAGGGAGGCUCCAGGAAGCUAGGAGGAGCUCCGGCAAGGUCGACAGCAGCAUCCUGCCCCAAGUACGGGAAGACUGGAGCUCGGCCGCCGUUAGCUUGGGGAAAACCAACUAAUAUUGUCUUUUUUUUAAUAGCGGUUGUAGAAGAAUAAACUUAGGAGGGGGCUGAACCUGCCCAUCUUUCAGCCUCUUGUGUCGAGCUACCCGGCUUCGUUUUCGCCACUCAACAUACGGCUUUUUUUUUUUUUAAACCAAGUAGUUGGGAGAACGGUAGUCAACUUCUGGAUCGGUGUGUGGGCCUAACGUGCCGUUCUCGAACACGGUUCACCCGCUACUUUGUGCGUUGAUUGUGCCAUGUCAGCGCCGUCGGUCCCACCUCCCGCGGCGGCGACAGCGGAGGGCGAGCUUCUCAGGCCCGACGCCGGGGACAACAUGCCGGGUCCCACGCACAGCCAGAGCCGCUUCCAGGUGGACCUUGUGGCGGAGGCGGCGGCGGCUGUCGAGGAUAAGUCGCCGAGUUCCGAAGCCUCCACCACUGUCCCGUCGAGCGAGAUGGCAACUCCCGGUGCGGCUCCGGAGGACCCGGGGACCAGCGGCGAGGAAGCCAAAGGACGGUUUCGAGUCGUCAACUUUGCGGACCCGAGCGAAGCGGGGAGUCCGGUCUCCCCGGACACGGCGCCGGCCGAGGGGGUGCGGAACGGGGACACGGUGAUGAGCGAGACCAGCUUGCAUUCAUCCACAGGCGGCCAGCAUCACUACCACUAUGACACCCACACGAACACAUAUUACUUGAGGACCUUUGGCCAUAACACCAUCGACGCCGUGCCCAACAUCGACUUCUACCGGCAGACCGCCGCGCCACUCGGGGAGAAGCUCAUCAGACCCACCCUGUCGGAGUUGCACGACGAGCUGGACAAGGAACCCUUUGAGGAUGGGUUUCCCAAUGGUGAUGAGUUGACCCCAGCCGAGGAAGCUGCAACAAAAGAAGCCUUGGACUCUAAAGGAGUUGUCAAGUUUGGAUGGAUUAAAGGAGUGCUGGUCCGCUGCAUGUUGAACAUAUGGGGUGUAAUGCUCUUUAUUCGAAUGUCCUGGAUUGUUGGUCAGGCUGGAAUUGCUUUGUCCUGCUUAAUUGUUGCCAUGGCUACUGUUGUGACAACGAUCACUGGUCUCUCCACUUCUGCCAUUGCAACCAACGGAUUUGUUCGAGGAGGCGGAGCAUACUACUUGAUCUCAAGAAGUUUGGGGCCAGAGUUUGGAGGCUCUAUUGGUCUAAUCUUUGCCUUUGCCAAUGCAGUGGCAGUGGCUAUGUAUGUGGUGGGCUUUGCUGAAACUGUCGUAGAACUUCUUGCUGGUUUCGAUGCCCUCAUGACCGAUGAACUCAAUGAUAUUCGAAUUAUUGGCACCAUCACAGUAAUCCUUCUCCUGGGCAUAUCUGUUGCAGGAAUGGAGUGGGAAGCAAAGGCACAGAUCUUCUUGCUCUUUGUACUCAUCACUGCAAUUAUCAACUACUUCAUUGGAACCUUCAUCACUGUUAAGGAGAAGAAACCUGUGGGCUUCUUUGGCUAUGAUGGUUCUAUCAUGUGGGAAAACAUGGGUCCUGACUUCAGGGGGGAGACAUUCUUUUCUGUCUUUGCAAUCUUCUUCCCUGCCGCUACUGGUAUUCUGGCUGGGGCCAACAUUUCUGGAGACCUUGCUGACCCACAGCUUGCCAUUCCCAAAGGAACACUCCUCGCCAUAUUGAUCACAGGGAUAGUUUAUCUGGGAGUUGCUGUCUCUACAGGUUCCUGUAUUGUGAGAGAUGCCAGUGGAAAUCUGAAUGACACCGUCAGUUCUCAGUUCAUGGCGAACUGCACUGAUGCGUCUUGCAAUUUUGGCUUUGACUUCUCUGCUUGUAAGAAUGACAAAGACGGCUGUCGCUAUGGGCUCCAAAAUGAUUUCCAGGUUAUGAGCAUGGUUUCUGGUUUUGGGCCCAUCAUCACUGCUGGAAUCUUCUCUGCCACUCUUUCCUCAGCUUUGGCAUCUUUGGUCAGCGCACCUAAAGUGUUUCAGGCUUUAUGCAAAGACAACAUCUACCCCAGCCUGUCGUUGUUUGCCAAAGGUUAUGGCAAAAACAAUGAGCCUUUAAGAGGCUACAUCCUGACCUUUGUGAUCGCUCUUGCCUUCAUCCUCAUUGCGCAACUAAACAUCAUCGCCCCCAUUAUCUCUAACUUUUUUUUGGCCUCCUAUGCCUUGAUCAACUUUUCCGUGUUCCAUGCUUCAUUGGCUAACUCACCAGGAUGGCGCCCCAGCUUCAAGUAUUACAACAUGUGGGUUUCUCUUGCUGGAGCUGUACUGUGCUGUGUGGUAAUGUUUGUCAUCAACUGGUGGGCCGCUCUUUUCACCAACGUCAUUGUCCUGGGUCUCUACAUUUACGUCAGCUAUAAAAAGCCAGAUGUGAACUGGGGGUCGUCCACCCAGGCUCUGACCUACCACCAAGCUCUGACUCACACUUUGCACCUCAGCGGAGUGGAAGACCACAUUAAGAAUUUCAGACCCCAGUGUCUGGUGAUGACCGGUUACCCCAACUCCCGUCCAGCUCUGCUGGACCUGGUUCACAGCUUUACGAAGAACGUGGGUCUGAUGAUCUGUGGUCAUGUUCGCACGGGUUACAGAAGGCCUAACUUCAAAGAUCUUGCAACAGAGCAAUCACGGUAUCAGCGCUGGCUGCUGAAGAAUGAAACAAAGGCUUUCUAUACACCAGUGUUUGCAGACGACAUGAGGCAGGGUAGCCAGUUCCUGCUUCAGGCUGCAGGUUUGGGUCGUCUCAGGCCUAAUACACUAGUGAUGGGCUUCAAGAAUGAUUGGAGAGAUGGUGACAUGAUGAAUGUGGAAAUGUACAUGAGUAUAAUCCAUGAUGCAUUUGACUUCCAGUAUGGCGCUGUUAUCCUCCGAUUGAAAGAGGGAUUGGAUGUUUCACAUAUACAUGGACCAGACGAUUUGCUGUCCUCCCAAGAAAAGUCAUCUGGAAUGAAAGAUGUGAUUGUGUCUAUUGACACAAGCAAGGACUCUGACGGAGAUUCAUCGAAGCCUUCCUCCAAAGCCACAAGCCUCCAGAACAGUCCAGCUACACAGAAAGAUGAUGACGAUGAUGGCAAAACUCCAACCCAGCCCCUGUUGAAAAAAGAUAAGAAGAACAUGACCGUGCCGCUGAAUGUGUGUGACCAGAGACUGCUAGAGGCCAGCCAGCAGUUCCAGAAAAAGCAAGGGAAGGGCACUGUUGAUGUAUGGUGGCUGUUUGAUGACGGAGGUUUGACUCUGCUCAUCCCCUAUCUCUUGACCAACAAAAAGCGAUGGAAGGAUUGCAAGAUUCGUGUUUUCAUUGGAGGCAAGAUCAACAGAAUAGACCAUGACCGCAGAGCAAUGGCAACUCUGUUGAGCAAAUUCAGGAUAGACUUCUCGGACAUCACUGUGCUGGGAGAUGUAAACACUAAGCCCAAAAAGGAACACGUGGCGGCCUUUGAGGAGCUGAUUGAGCCCUAUCGGUUGAAAGAAGACGACAUGGAGCAGGAGGCAGCUGAGCAUCUGAAAAACAGCGAACCAUGGAGGAUUACUGACAAUGAGUUGGAGCUUUAUCGUGCAAAGACGAGUCGUCAGAUCAGACUCAACGAACUACUGAAGGAGCACUCCAGCACAGCAAACCUCAUUGUCAUAAGCCUACCAUUGGCCAGGAAAGGUGCAGUGUCCAGUGCUCUGUACAUGGCCUGGCUGGAGGUGUUGUCCAAGGAUCUGCCACCCAUCCUGCUGGUGCGUGGCAACCACCAGAGCGUCCUAACCUUCUACUCUUAAAUUACACAAGGAGAAUGUAUCUCAUCCACCUAGUGUCUGUUAGUGGACCCACUUUUAUAAAUAUAUAUAUUCAUAUAUAUAUACCUUCCAGUUCCAGUCCAAACAUAUGUACCAUGCACACGUGAGGAGAUAUUAUUAUAUUUCACGGCUAUGUUCUCAAACAAAGCGCCAAUAGUAACGUUAAGGAAUGGAUUGUGAUGGGAAAAGACACUUAGUUGAAGUUGAGUUGGAGGGUUUUUAAUAUAAACCAACUCUUCCUCUAUAUUUGUUCCUUUCUAUUUAUCUCUUCUGAUUCAUACGUGGAAACGACCGGGCUCUGGUUUUAAAAGCAGUACUUUUGCACCCAUGUAACGUCGAAUACUUUUGUGGUCACACUUGUUAUAAAACCAAUUGGAUUGAGUUUUGACGUUGAAGCAGCAACGAUUCCCCUCGCUGGAAUAUUUGGAGAGAAGCAUGACGAAAGAAUGCUUCACAACACUUUUUAAAAAGCCUUAUGGAUGUGCCUUCCAGUUGAAUCAGAUAUUAUUCUGUAGAUUAUAAGAUGACUUAUUAUAUUGCUUCAUAGUUAGGUCAAUGAUUUUCAAACUUGAUUUUUUCAUAGUAGAAUGAAUUUGCAUGGAUUUAUUGAACAGUUAUUUCCCCCUUUUGUCAACCUGUGUCUGGGGCCAACACGGUUUUCUUUCUAUACUCUUUUUAGUCUUCCUUUUUCAAGAUCUUCUUGUUUUUGAUGCAGAAAGACACUAUUACGGUAAGCUCAUAGGCAAACGUGCCGGACAUCCAUAGAACAUUUUUUGGUGAAUUGUAUCUGUCACUUGAAAAGUAGCCUCCUAUGUAGCUGCUGGUUCACUAAAUGAUUUCCUUCAAUA